AAGAGACGCUCGGUACUUCCGGUUUGUUGUUUAGACAAGCGUGUGGCUGAGUAACCAAAGUAGGCGAAGGCACUUGUUCUAGAAGUCAAAAGAAAAUAAUAAUGGCAGAUCCCCGGGUCAAACAAAUUAAAAUUAAAACAGGCGUUGUUAAAAGGCUUACUAAAGAAAAAGUCUCCUAUGAAAAAGAAGCAGUAAAUAUAGAAGAGAGGGUAGAAAAGAUGAAGGCAGAUAAGAAAGAUGAAUAUGAAAUCAAGAAGAUGAUUGAAGUUCUACAGGAAUCUAAGAUGAUGAUACCAGACACCCUCAAAAGGCUCAACAAUGCUUAUGCUGAUCUAGAUACUUUACUGACAAAAGAAGAAGAUUUGAGUGAAACGGAGGAGUACAAGGCUGGUAAAACUGCCCUAGAGGAAGCUAAAGCUGUAAUGCCUUCAUCAUAGAAAAUCGUCAGUGGAAUUCAUAAACAGGAUAGAAAUAGAAUUGUGCAAUUGUAAACUGAGGGAUUAAAUUUUAAUCCUUCAAAAACAUGCUUUUUCCAAGAAUCAUUUAUAAAUAACAUGUAAAUGUGAAAAAUUUUGAACUCAUGUCAAGUUUUAUUUUAGUUGAACAUGCAUGCGCGGAUCUAGAGGGGAGGUCGGGGGGGUCCCGACCCCCCCUGGAAAAUGAAAAUUUAUUAAAUUUACAUAGUAAAAUUAUCGCGAAAAUAUGCCUCGGACCCCCCCUGGCAAACACAAUUAUCCUUCGGACCCCCCCCCCUGGAAAAAUUUUCUGGAUCCGCGCAUGACAUGUUCAGUAGUUGAUCAAUGAUCCUUCCGCCGCUGCAUUUAAUUCUUGUCACACAAAAUCCAUUUGGAUCUAGGAAUGCAUUAUGUGCAGGUGUCUUGUACAUAUGACAACAAACUGAGCCAAAAUGUAUAUCCAUGUACGCAAAUAUAUAAAUUAUAGUUUCAUUGCUUGAAUGACUAAAAUCCACCUUGAAUUAUUUCAUUGCUUGUAGAUGUAUGUUUAUGAUGUGUGGUACUGUAAACUUUUAUCACUUUGUGAAAAAAAAUUCAAAAUAAAUUGUAUGCGAUACUA